UUCAGAUGAGUAAACAAUGCCAGUCUGCACCCAGAGCCAAACCCCGUGGCCUUGCAGGAAGAACGGCUCGACUAUGUGGAGAAAGAAGCGGGCUCUUGGGGAACCCUUGGCUUGUCUCGUGUUACUUGUGGCUCUCGUCGAUGCGUAUCGAUUCCUGGGCCAGAGCACGGCCAGCCAGUUCCUGAGCAGAAGCAGGCGAGCCAACUCUCUGUUCGAGGAGAGCAAGAAAGGCAACCUGGAGAGGGAGUGCAUCGAGGAGCUGUGCAACAAGGAGGAGGCCAGGGAGAUCUUCGAGAACGAGCCCGAGACGGAAUACUUCUACCCUAAAUAUGUUGCGUGUCUGGGUUCGCACCGAGUCGGCAUCGGCAACCCGGACUCGGUCGUCGACAUCCCGUCGGACCUUCGCACGUGCGUGACGGAGAUCAGCGACCAGUGCACGCCGUAUCCCUGCUACAGGGAGGGCUCAGAGCGCUGCGUGGACGGCCAGGCCUCCUACAGAUGUGACUGUAAGCCCGGCUGGAAGGGCCCGCGCUGCGAGGAUGACAUUGACGAGUGUUCGGAUCCAGAGUUGCCAGCCGGGUGCAACCAAAUAUGUCUGAACAUCCCUGGUAGUUUCCACUGCAAGUGUGAAGAGGGCUACCGCAGCAUUGACAACAUCAACUGCAUUGAUAUCAACGAAUGCAUGUUGUACCCCAGUAUCUGCGAAAGACCCGCCAGAUGCGUCAACGUCCCGGGCAUGUUUGACUGCCAGUGUCCCCAGGGAUUUAAAUACAACUUCACGUCCAAGACUUGCAACGAUGUGGACGAGUGCGAGCUGAACGCGUGUGAGGAGCUUUGCAUGAACACGGUGGGCAGCUACACGUGUCACUGCAACGGCCGCCAGGGCUUCCGCCUGGCGGCCGACCAGCAGCGCUGCGAGGCCAUCCCCGUCUGCGUCGAGCUGCACGACCACAAGCACCCGGAGAUGCUCUACUUGGGAGAGCAGUUCGCCGGCCUUCCUGUCAUCUAUCUGCGCUUCCGCCUGCCAGAGAACACGAGGUUUGCGGCCGAGUUCGACCUCCGUACAUUUGACCCAGAGGGAGUCGUCCUGUAUGCAGAGUCCUCCCAGGACUCGUGGUUCAUGUUGGGCCUGAGGGGCGGUCGCAUCGAAGUCCAGUUCAAAAACCAGCACACGUUCAAGGUUACCAGCGGAGGAAAGGCCAUCAAUGAUGGACAGUGGCAUGUGAUCUCUGUGGAUGAGCUGGAGAGCAGCAUCAGUGUGAAGAUCAGCAAGGAGGCAGUGAUGAGCAUCAACAGCCCCGAGAGUCUCUUCACUUCAGUCAACGGCAAACUGGAGACCAAAGUCUACAUCGCCGGUCUGCCGAACCGCACCGACAACGUCAUCAAGCCAAUCAACCCUCGACUCGACGGCUGCAUCCGCGGCUGGAACCUGAUGAACCAGGGGGCGUCUGGAGUGAAGGAGGUCAUCCAGGAGAAGAAGAGCAAACACUGCUUUGUGUACGUGGAACGAGGGUCUUUCUUCUCUGGGGAAGGACUGGCUCACUUCAACAUAGACUACAGUGACUCUGGGAGCUGGACGGUGGAUGUGAAGAUGAACAUACGUCCGUCUAGCAGCACAGGCGUCCUCUUUGCUCUCGUCCACAACAACACAGUCCCCCUGUCGGUCGCCGUGGUAACACAGGAGGAACAAGAGGCUAACCUACAAGUGUUCUUGGAUGGCGUCGCCGUGGCAACGCUGGACUCCCUGAUGUUGUGUUACCCUGAGCGGCUCACGGUGCAGCUGACUGUGACUCCAACAGACAUCCAGAUCUCAGCCAACUCCUCCACUGUUAGCUACUCGAUGUCCGACACACUUCGGGAGGCACUGACGCAACUCAACGCCACUAUGCAGAACCCCAUCAGGACGUACAUUGGUGGAAUACCAGACAACGUCCCGUUACCCGACACCCCCGUGACGGCCUUUUACCACGGCUGCAUGGACAUCGCCGUCAACGGCAAGCAGCUAGACUUCGACGAAGCUCUCGGCAAACACAACAGCAUCAAGUCCCACUCCUGUCCUCCCGUCCCUUCCGAUGCACUGCACCCGCACGGAAAGUGACCUCGAUUAGCAACCACAAAAAAAAAAAAAAAAGCCCUCGACGAGGAGCAGCAUCCCACAGGAAUCCACCUCUUGGGAUAUUUUGGAAAAGAAUCUAGAGGAGGAGGAGAAGUGGCAAGAAGAGAAGAUAGAGGUAGACAAUUUAUUUUAACAUUUGUCUUGUUCUGUUCAUCCAUACAGUGUUUAUAUUUCAUGCCCAGGAGUACUUUAUUCCCUUUUUUUUGUUUUUAGUGAGUCACGACGGAAGCUGGCUUGCCAGCUGAGUUAGUCCGAAGCUGAAUGACAUAGUUGUAGCAGUUUCUCGCAAAUAAGUUAAGUGAUUUCCAAGAAACUUGGAGGGAAAAAAAAGAAAAAAGAGCUGAGCUCUGUAGAUCACGUACCACGAGUUGAGCAACAGGUGGUUGUGUUUUUCUAGUAGAUUAAAACAAGUGGUCAGCGCGGACCAGGCUGAGAGACCCCCUGCGUAUUUGACCCCGCGGUUCAAUCAUCAAACAUCUGGUGACACUUAGUUGAGGCUGAUGUCGUGGCCGACGGAGGAGAAAGUUGAGCCUCGAAGCUUUUAAUCCACUUAUGUAGGGUUUUUUUGGCUGAUUGAGUCAUCGCCCCUGGCUGGAGCUCUGCUGUCCGGACACGUUACAUGAAAUAUUUGUUUAGAAACAUGCUUUAUAAAUGUGUUGCACGCCACCAGUCGUUGUCACCUCUCAAGUCACGUUCAGCUCGUGUUGUUCUCAUGUCUAGGAUUGACCCUGUAUAUAAGACGAGCCACCUUUAAUAUAUAACUUAAAUGUAGCUGCUCAGUGUUUUGUUUGUGUUGUGUUUAAGAAAUGCAUUAAAGAAGCCUUAUUUCA